UCUCCAACCUUCCUGUUGUGUUUUUUUUUUUUUGCAAGCGUGGAAAGGAAGACUCCUUGCAGGUGGGAUGGAUACGUUCAUCAUCGAAUUCUGUUACAAAAACGUCACCGUCAAAGAGGACGGCAAUAACUUCUCUGCCAACUGCAAGAUUUGCCCAAAUAAGACCAUCUCGGGGAGCACACGCAGUUCCAGCAACUUCCUGAAACAUGUCAAAGUGCGACAUCCCCUCCGAUUCCAGGAGUACGAAAGGCAGAAGGAUGCGACUUGGAAGAAGAAAAAGAGGAUAUUGGCUGAAUUUGAAGAGGCGGCUGCGAGUUCCACAGAGACGGAGGCCUCGCCGUCCAUUUCCAGAGAGAGGCAUCUGCCCCGAGAUGUCAAAAGGGAAGAGGACGAAGGAGACUUUCUAGGCAGUGACGUCACCGAGGCAGGUUCCAGCUUGCUAGAGCCCGAGACCCCCUUGGUAGUACAGACUGCCGAGAAGUCUCCGACAUUUACACGGCACCCAGAUGUGAUGUACGAGCAGGACUUGGAGCAGCUGGCGAUCCCCACACCCAUCAUCCACCAAGUGCCCUGGUCGGGCUUCGAGAAGGCCUUCACCUUCGUGCGACAGAAGGGGAAGAAUGUCAUUGUGCAGUGCAACUACUGCUUGCCGGCCAUCAAGAACGUGAGCUCGGCCAUUACCUCUGCUUCCAAUGUGAAGAAACACCUGGAGAGAGCCCACCCUGAUAAGCUGAGAGCAAUUGAAAUUGCAAGGAAAGCUAGGAAACGUGGCCAUAUUGAAAAGCCGGUCGAUUACGACGACGAUUUAUCCCUGCUCAAAAUGGCCAAACAAGAGCAGGAGGCCACCCUUGAGAGAGCCGGAUCCGGCAGAGAGACCGUCACGCAGAGAAUCCUCGACCGGAAAAUCAUGGAUUUCAUCGUCGAGGAGACCUUGCCCGUUCAGACAGUAGACAAGCCGACAUUCGUUGGAUUGAUCCGCCUCGGCCUUCCCAAAGACCUGACCGUCAUGUGUGCCAAGACCUUAAGGGACCGAAUUGAGAAGCGGGCAGCCGGCAUGCAAGAAACCUUGGUGCACCGGAUGGGAGCGGUCGCCUACGUAGCCGUCACGGCGGACUGCUGGACCGAUGGGAAGAAGAGCUUUCUGGGAGUGACCGCCCACUGGAUCUGCCCGAUGACUCUGAGGCGUGAAUUCGGGGCAUUGGCUUGCAAGCGCCUUCAAGGCCGACCUACGUACGACAUCCUGGCCCAAGCCCUGCACCACGUGCACGUCCAGUACCGGAUUCACAACAAAGUCGUUUCCGCAACCACGGACAGCGGCUCCAUCUUCGUCAAAGCUUUCCGGGGUUUCAAGGCCAAAGACACAGCAGAUGCCAUGGAUGGCAAUGCGGACGACGACGAAGAUCAGGAGGAGGCUGAGGUGGACUAUGUGCCGAUCUCUGAGAUCUUGGACGCAGGUAAUGGAGAACACGGAGACUGCGUCGAGAUAGAUUUCGGGUUGCCACCUCACCAGCGAUGUGCCAGCCACACCCUCAACCUGGUGGCCACCGAAGAUAUACAGGCUAUCGUCUCGGGUUCCUCUCCGAAUAGUCCUUUGGGCUCCUUCAGGAAACUCUUUUGUUCCUUGAUGGGAAAAUGCAGCAAUCUGUGGUCCAAGCAGAGCCAGUCCGCUCAGAUGGCAGAGUAUGUCCAGGAACAGUGUGGGAUGUACCUGAAGGUUCCCAGGAAGACCAGGUGGAGCUCCACCUUUGAGGCCCUGAAGCAGCUCAACGAGCUCCUCUCCACCAUGCCAGAGAAAGUGGACGCCCUCAUGGACCAAUGCUCCUUGGCCAGGAUCACGCCGGCCGAGAGCCUGGCAGUGCAGGAAUACACGGAGAUCAUGAGCCCGCUUGCCCAGUCGCUAGACAUCCUGCAGCGGGAGAAUGGCAUGUUCAUGGGGUACCUGUUGCCAACCUUGUACAACCUUGACCGCAAGUUGCAGGGCUUGGAGAACAAACCCGUCCGGUACACCUACUGCCUCCAGCUUUUGCAGGGUGUGCGGAAAGCACUACGGAAGCGGUUUGCACCCAUCUGGGAGGACAAGAAGCUUCUUCUGGCGGCGUGCCUGCACCCCCGCUUCAAAGUGGACUGGCUGGAAUCAGCCCAAAGCACCCAGACAAAUAGAUACAUGAUGGAAGCCCUGCUGAAAGCUGAGAUCAGGAGUACGGUCGGGAAGGAGAGCAACACGUCUUCAGAGAAGGACCAGGAAGGAGACGACUUGGAAGACGACUUCUUUAAUAUCCAGCCCCGGGGCAGGAAGUCCACCGUGGACACAGCCGACGAAGAGGUCCUGAGAUACUUGAAGUCCUCCAGCAGGGACGUGUCUUGCCUGCACGCUUUCCCCCGGGUCAUGCGGUGUUUUCUGCAGUACAACACGGGCCUGCCCUCGAGCGCUGCAGUGGAGCGCCUCUUCAGUGUGGACGGCAACGUCUUCACGAUCAAAAGGCACGGCUUGUCGGAUGAGCUCUUUGAGCAGCUGGUUCUUCUGAGGCAGAACACGGCCGCUUCCGCAUUUUAGCCUUUGAGUCCAUGUACUUGGUUUGAAAGGUUUUGAGAGAGAGAAAAGCAGAAUAUAAAUGCAUAUAAUGAUGAUGAUGAUGAUGAUGAUGAUGAUGAUGAUGAUGAUGAUGAUGAUGAAUUUCUUAACAUCUUUCUUGGAUCUUUUGAUUGGAGGGACUAUGGGCAUUUGGACACACUGUUUUGCUCUGUAGUUGUUGUUGAGUUCUAGUCUUGUGAAUAAUUGCUAAUCCUAAGAAACAUUUUUUGUUUACUCUACCGUGUGUGUCUUUUGAAAAAAACUUCCUAUGUGUGCUUCUAGGAUACCUAUAAUGUGGCGUAAUGUAAAAUAAACCACGUUUAGUUCACGUUU